CCCCGCACAUCCAGAGGAUCCUGUGCCUCUUCAGAAGCCUCCGGAAAGAGCUGGCGCCUGCUUGCUGCGGGGUGCCGCGCCGUCCCUCCAGGGCCAGGGGUCCGUGGGGGGCACCCCCCUGCCCCACCAAACAGAAGCCCCCUUGGGUAGUGACGGGGAACUGAUGGGGCCUCAAGCCAAAGCUGGGUUGCUGCGAUCGAACGCUAUGGAAUUCCUAAAGAACCAUAAGAAAACAUCCACGAGGCCAGUUCUUCACGCUGGGAAUCCCACACCCGGGUCCUCCAGAAAACAGAGGGAAAAACGCCCCAGGCUAAUUCGAGCUCCAGCCAAAUCUCAGGCUGCGGAGCUGUGCGCAGGCAGGGUUUGGUGGGGAGACAUCCGUCCGUCCGUCCAGCUGUGGAGGCAGAAGGACACGUUUGAUGAGGACGGGGACCUGAUCGCGUUCUCCAGCGACGAGGAGCUGGAGCUGGCCAUGCCCUACGUGCGGGACGGCGUCUUUCGCGUUUACAUCAAAGAGAAAAAGGAGUGCAGGCGGGAGCAUCGCUCGCAGUGCAGCCAGGAGCCUCCCCGUGAUAUGGUGCACCCCAAUGUCAUCUGUGAUGGCUGCGAAGGGCCGGUGGUGGGUGCUAGAUUCAAGUGCACCGUCUGUCCAGACUAUGACCUGUGCAGCACCUGUGAGGGUAAAGGCAUCCACAAGGAGCACAACAUGGUGAUGUUUCAAAGUCCACUGCUAAAUCCGUUUGAGUGGCUUCCCCGAGGACGCUGGCUCCGUAAAAUGCGGCAUGGUGUUCCACCCUUCCCGUGGAUGCACUGCUGGGGGUAUCCUGGCCCUGCAGGUCCAUGCCAAAACUCGGAACGAGCCCAAGCCAGUGCUGCUGCCUCCAGUCCACCUGCUGCGGAAGGUAUUGAAGUUGAUAUUGAUGUGGAACAUGGAGGACAGAGAAGCAAAGUGACUCCUCUUUCUCCCAAUCUGGAGAAGAACAAUGCUGAGUCAAGCAGCGGUACUCCUGACCAGAACGCUCAGACCAAACCAUACUGGAAUAGCACAGAUUCUGUUACAGUAGUAAAUACGGUUGCAGAGCAGAUACAAGACAUGGUGAUAGAUCCUGUGCCCACGCAAAUGGAAGAUGGCAGCUUCCAGACCCAGGAACACAGUGAGUCUAGCAGCUCAUCAGGGGGUGAUGAGGACUGGACCCACUUGUCUUCCAAAGAAGUGGAUCCUUCCACAGGUGAACUGCAGUCUCUCCAAAUGCCAGAGACAGAGGGUCCCAGCUCCCUGGAUGUAUCUCAAGAUCCUCCACAGCCAGGACCUACAGGACUGCGAGAGGCCGCACUCUACCCACAUCUCCCACCAGAAGCAGAUCCUCGCUUGAUUGAAUCUCUGUCCCAGAUGCUCUCUAUGGGUUUCUCUGAUGAGGGUGGAUGGCUCACUCGACUUCUGCAGACAAAGAACUGUGACAUCGGGGCAGCGCUAGAUGCCAUCCAAUAUUCCAAGCAGCCUCCUCACUUGUAGUAAUCUACAUAACAAAAAGCACUUUCCUUCUCACUGAAACAAGAUAAGGCCGUACAAUUAACUCUAGCGAUACAUCUUCCUUCCUGCUAAGGGUUUGUUUCAUGUUCCUAUCAUGUUCCUAAGUGCUUGUAGAGUGGAGGAAAAAAUAAAUACUACUUCUAGCCUUUCA